AUGAGGCUAGACGAGUCUCUGCGGCUGGGACGGCGAAUGCUCACAUGGACAACCUCGAGGGAAGCAUUCCCUCGUUUGGAAGAACUCCGAACGGCUAGGCCGAUUUGGACCACGCUCAAGAAGGCUUUGGAGGACUUGGUCCGACUGGCCGAGCUGGAAACGGCGGAAGUACGGCGAGUCUGACUUAAACACUCAUUCAAUGAAUAUGUAGCGGAUUUAGAGCAGAGGAAUUUAUUGCGAAAUUCGUUUCCAUCGUAUUUGAGUUCAAAAUUCUCUGCUGAGCUCAGCAAAUUGCCGCCAUUCGCAUAUGCUGGUUUCGAUCCGACCGCCGAUAGUCUUCAUGUCGGCAACCUUGUGAUUCUCACAAAUUUGCUAAGGGCUUCCAAAUAUGGCAUCCGACCGAUUGUGUUAAUCGGAGGAGCUACGGCGAAAAUCGGCGAUCCCAGCGGACGGCUUUCCGAAAGAGAAGUCAUCGAUGAGAACGAGGUGAUUCGGAACAGCGAAUCAGUAUCCAACCAAAUCAAAUCGAUUUUCAAUCGAGCUUCAACUUCCACAGAGCCGCCGAUAAUGCACAACAACUAUGAGUGGUUCGAAAAUAUGAACAUGAUUGAUUAUUUGCGAAGAUGCAAACGAAUGCAAUUGGCUGAAAUGCUUCGAAUGGGCGCGGUGAAAUCGAGAAUGGAAGCUGGAAUAUCGUUCACUGAAUUCAGCUACCAAACAAUGCAGGCUUUUGAUUGGUUGAUUCUUUCAGAGAAUUAUAAUUGCCUUUUCCAGCUUGGCGGCUCCGAUCAACUCGGCCAUUUGGAUUUCGGUGCUCAUUAUAUCAAACGGCUGACGAACAAGUUCGCCGCUGGGGUCUGUUUGCCGCUUCUCGUUGAUUCUGGAGGCAACAAAUUGGGAAAAUCGGUUGGCGGUGGAUCGUUGUGGCUGGAUGCCGCCAAAACCUCGCCGUUCCAUUUUUAUCAAUAUUUCAAGCAGCUUCAUGAUGAUAAAGCUGAAGAAUUGCUGACGAUGUUGAGCCUUCGCCCGAUUCUGGAGCUCCGUGAGAUUCUCGAAGAGCAUCGGAGCAACUUAGGCAAAUGGGUGGCUCAAAAAGAGCUCGCUUCUGAAGUCACCCGUUUCGUUCACGGCGAUUCUGGCUUAGAUUCUGCUCUGCGGUGUUCCGAAGCUUUGUUCGGAGGAAAAUCAGCGAAUUUGUCGCAGUUGAGCCGCGAUGAGAUACUCCAACUCUUUGGGACUCACUUGGAGUUGAGCAGGUCCGAAGUGCGAACUUAUGGAGAUCUUGCGGAUCGCACGAGAAAUGAUCGGAACAAAGGAAGCGUUUUGAUGCGGAAAGGCUCAUUCUCGGUGAACUCUGUCAAGGUGUUAGAGCCUGAGAAAGAGCUGGAUCAGGUCGGACUCGAAAAUGCUCCGGAUUUGAGCUUGAUUUGUUGGGGGAAGCGGAAAUAUCAAAUUGUUCGAUGGGUUUAA